AUGAAUGGACAAACAGAAGAACGAAAGAGAUUAAGACAGUUGAUAAAUGCAGAUAAGAAAGAAAGGUUGAUACAACGGCAAGAGGAAUAUAUAAAACAUCAUGAUACCAAUAGCAAAUCAUCAACAAAUUCAUCAAAUUUCAAUGAAAAAUGCUGUGUCUUAGCUAUUAAAUUAUUUGAUGGUAGUACUAUAAAACAUGAAUUUAAUCAAGAAGAUACCCUAAUAAAGGUAAGAGAAUGGCUAGAUAAUGAAAUAGAAGUAAUACCUUCAAAUAAAAGUAUGCCAUCGUUUGCAACUAGAUCAUAUCCAUAUCCAACUGGUUAUUUAUUUCAUAGGCCAAUAUUACCAAGAAUGACGUAUAAUGAAGAACAAGAAUCAAAGAAUCUUUUACAUUUACAACUAACUCCUAGAGCAAUAUUAAUUUUAAAACCAACUUAUGACGAUGAAGAUUCAUUAUCUCCAAAACCAGAUACAUCGAGCUCAGGAUAUUUUAAAAGAGUUUAUAAUGUAAUUUGUAACUUGAGUUCUGCCUUAAUUUCAUUUUUCGAUUAUGGUGUAGAUACAAAUUAUAAUAAUAAUAAUACUACUACUUCAGAAGAACCAAUAAAUUUAACACAACCAAUUAUUCAAUCACCUGGGUUUGUUUCAUUAAGUGAUCGAUCAGUUUCAUCUUCAUUAUUAAAUAUUCAACAUCCUGAAGAAGUGGAACAACAACAACAACAACAACAUAAUUCCCCGAAGAUUUAUCAUAAUGAAAAUUUUUCACAAGACUCUUCACUACAUUUAUCAAAUUUUACAAGUAGAUCGCCAACACCAAGACCAUUAUCGUCAAGUAGAGUUCAAACAUUACAUGAUGAUGAAAGAAUAGAUACAUAUAAUGGUAAUAGUAUAAAUUUAAACGAAAGAGAUGAAAAUGAUUAA